AUGAACGAGACACAUUAUGGGGAAGAUCCGUCGGAACUGGCCAAGUCGUACCUAGGCCAGGUCGUCCCAUUCCACUUGUCGCCGGGCAUCAUCAUACUCAGCUACAUCAUCAGUCUGUGCGGAGCGAUAUCGACGCUGGAGUUGAUGAACAGGAGGACGUCACGCAAGGGCCUUUACAAUCAUUUGCUUCUGAUAGGAGCGGCGAUUUCGUUGGGUGGUGUUAGUAUCUGGUGUAUGCACUACAUUGGCAACCGAGCCAUCAUCCUCCACCACGGCGAAGUCGCUCUCCAAAUCGCUUACCGCGCCGACCUCACCGCCGCCUCCUUCUUUGUGCCCAUCAUCGUCUUGCUGUCUGCUUUUCUCAUCACCGCCAACACCACCAUCAUCACCUGGUGGCGCAUCCUCUUGUGCGGUGCGCUAUCAGGCAUCGCAACAUGUGGCAUGCACUACCUCGGUUCGGCAGCCAUUCGCAACUACAAAUGCAGCUAUGGCACGGGGUACGUGGUGGGCGCGGCGGUGAUUGCCGUGUUUGCGAGCACGGCGGCGUUGACGCUGUUUUUUGUGUUCAAGGCGCAGUGGACGAAUAGCUGGUGGAAGCGAUUGGGGUGCGCGGUGAUUUUGUCAGGCAGCGUGAGUGGCAUGCAUUGGUGUGCGGCGGUGGGAACGAGGUACAGGUUGCAGAAUUUGGAGAGUGUGAGGAGUAUGAUGGCGCAUAAUGCUACGAUUAUCGUGGUGCCUUUUUUGGCCAUCUCUUCGUGUUUGGUCAUGGCAGGCGUGGCCUUCCACUCGAGCAGGGUUCGCAAAGUCUAUGCCAGCAAAGCGCAAAAGAUCACACUCGCCGCUGCCAUAUUCGAUGACCAUGGCCGAAUCCUCGUCACUCCGGAUGGUAACCUCCCCAGCGAGGAGAUCACCACCACUUUCCUCCAAAAGACCCAACACGACGUCUUCUCAACCGGCCACCCCCUCUUCCACUGGAUCUACCAAGCCUCGCGCGACUGGUACCUCAUCUCCAAAAUUGCCGACAAGAUGGAGCUGCACCUGGCCUCGCUUCCGCACAGUCCCACCUCGUACUCGCACAAAGCACGCAUGGGCAUCGAGUUUAUCGACGAAGAAGGGAAAAUCAUCGAGGACUACGACGUGGUCUUCCGGGAAAUGUUCUGCUUGGCGACCGUCGACCUCUCGACGAAAAUGAACAUGACGCUGGACGAAGCGGGCGUUUUGUGGGAUGAGAUUCUGACAACAGGAGGUGGGAUGACGAGUGGAGUGCAUGGUCCGGACUCGAACGCCAGUGGUGGAUUUGAUAAGAGGAAGGGAUCGACUUCGACUUCGGCGGCGGAGAUGUCGCAGAAGACGAUCUUGGAGGAGCUGGCAGAGAAGGGAAUGAUCCAGACGGGCGAUCAGGGACAUGGUUCGUUGAUGUUCUUGGUUAAGAGGGUGCAGGGAACUCAUGCGAUCGACAAGCUCGAGGCUUCGGGACACCUUUUUGCGGACCUGCACCAGGUCUGCAGGAUCAUGAACAACAGCAUGCAGAUUCGGACGGGCAAGUUGGAAGAGAAGUUGAGGUCGAUGGAACGAUACACGCAAGACGCGAUGCUGGAUCCGGGCGUACACGUUGGUCUCUUUGCCAUCCGGGCACGAGUGGACAUCCAACAAUUCGAUGUCAUGGUCCGCAAAGAAGCGCGCGGUUUGCUCCCCAGUGUCAAGCUGCCCAUCGAACGACUCGACUCCUCCGACCUCGCCUUCCUCCGCCGCCACGACGGAAUGUCCAUGUCCUACUUCCUUAAACGGUACCGGCACAGCGAGGAGAUUCCCCAGCAAGACGCCAAGAUUGCUCGCAUCCUGUACGACGCCAUCAAGGAUCUCCGAUCACUUGUCGACGACACGCUGUUCGAUGAGGCAACGCUGGUGGCCAAAGUCUCCCAGGUGCCGUGCAAGUCGCCCGACAAUGACUCGCGCACCUUUACUUGCUCCAUGCUCACCUUCUGCAUGAUGAUUCCUAUUCACACGAGCGUCAACUGCCCGCAAUUUGAGUUCAGUCCCCUGCCAUUCUUCAAGGUGCGGCAGUUGGCCUACAAGAACUCGCCUUACCACGGCGCUUUCGCUCGGUCUGUCCAUCGCGAGAUCUACCCGAUUCUCAACAACCUGCGGACAACGUCAACCGCGACCAACAAGCGACGAGGAGUUCCCGCAUGGUUAUCCUCCUCCUGGCUUCAUUCUUCGAUGGCGAUGCCGAUCCUCCCCUUCUGGCGACGGCCGAGCCACAGAUCCCACGACCUCCACCCCUGGCGUCACCAGCGCAAAGACGGCAUGGACUCUUCAUCCCUCGUCUCUUCCAGCAAGGAAAAUGUCCUCCAGCCAUCUUCGCACCGGAGCGUCUCAACCCACUCCCUCGACGUCUACAGCUCCAUCAUCUCGGACGACAAUAAAGGAGGGAUCCAAAUCCAGCUGCAGCCACAAUCGCCUCCUCGACUCUCGCCUUCCCCUUCACCAUAUCCUGGCUCAGCAGAGCAACAGCAGGGGCAACAACAACAACCAACCGAGGAGAUGAUGGCCCACCCUACUCUUCACCUGUUCCCCCCACGCGACACAAAGCCACGACAGCUUUCCUGGGGCGGCAUCAUGAUCUCCCAAGAUGUUUCCAUCUCCGUCGAUGACUCUGCCCUGGCUGUCUCUAGUUCGCAGCAUACGUCGCCGCAUCACCAUUUGCGUAGCAACCACCGCCAAGGCAACCAUCAGCAUAGUAACAGCGCAGGAGGAGCAUUCGAUCUGCAGAUGCAGCAGCAUGGAGGGAAAAGGAAGCGGUUCCUGAGUACUUCGGGAGAUAAACAUGGGCAUCAUCAUGACCGAAAGAACCAGCACGCCAAAUCAAGGCCGCGAUCAGGUUCCAUGAGUGCGGAAUUGACUUUGAUGUCGUCGUCGACCACCACGACAAGCCCCUCUCAUCACGACCAUCCUGGUACAAACCGCCGCAACUCCUAUCCCACUAACCCAGGGGCACUCGACCUACACUCAUCACCCGACGAUCAUCAAGCAUCCGAGCAAAGCGUGAUAAGCUACAGCCGUACACACCCCUUACCUCAUAACACGCACGGUGGCGGCGGCCUCGGUCAGGGCCUCGGCCAACUUGGCCCCUUGUCACAUGCAACAACCCUUUCACUUUCUGAUCCACUAGAUCACUCGACCUCGGCUUCUACCUCCAGCUCCAUAUCCCACCAAAAACAACAACAAAAGCCGACGUCCCCUACCAAAUCCAACUUUAGCUUGGCCGUCGACAAUUACAACAAGUACAAUGGGUUCGGCAUGGACGGCGUACAUAUAAGCGGCGGCGGCGGUGCCAGCGUGGGUGGUCUCCGACUUGGAGCAGCGAGCAAAGUGGAGGUGAAGAAGGGAGAGGAGGUGGUCAUGACGUUUGUGGAUGAUUUGUUUAGUGUCUGUGUUAAUAGCUCGGGGGCGGGAGGAGGGGCAGCGGGAGGGGAGAGGGUAGGGUGGAGGAGGUGA